AUGGCAACCUUCAAGAAACUUUUCUCGCCCUCUUCUCCGCGGGGAGAAGUUCAAGGAAUCAACAGCCAGCAAUAUGCCAACCAAUACCCCAAUUCACCUAUUCGUGAGUCCAGGACGCCUGCAUCCCCAUAUGCCUACCCGCCACAAUCGCAAAGCAAGCAGGAUGUGAGCCGACAUUACGAGGGAAUCGAGAGGCAAUUCGAGCAAUUACACGAGACGUUCUACUCCCGCACCCUCGCAUCUCUCCGUCAGUUCCGAUACACCGGGUCCAGUGACUCCUCAGAUCAGAAAAACAGAUAUAUUGAUGUCGUCGAGGCCUUGUUCUCAAAUCAUCGCUACCAGAUGUCAUCAACCAGAUCGAUGUCGCCGAUAACCCCCUACAACGAAGACGUUGCAGACCGAAAUAUAAUCGCUCAACAUUUCCCCCAGCUGAAUCCUCAGUACUCCCGUUCGAUAUCCAGUUUGUACCAGGAAGACGUCGCAGACAGGAAUAUAUCACGGUCGAAGAGCAAUCCAAUCUACAAGGGGCCCCGAUCUAGCCGUCUGAGUGUAAGGUCCGAUGACCAUGAAGAGAAGGCGAGCAGCUCGAGAUCCAAAUCGCAAGGCCGUUCUCUUGAACCGCGAACUAGCUAUCCUCCGGCGAUUCCCGCCAAAUCUCCAAGUAGAAACAGGGCUGCGAAAUUCCCGAUGCCGGAGAAGGAUCAACAAAAGGAUCAGUCCUUGUUAAGACCCCAGGCUUCGGCGCCUGAUUUGACCAUGGCGGAAAUCAAAACUCCAGAUCUAGCCAGUUUCCCGAGGCCUCCUACUUCAGGAGCGGACACGGCUGUUGAAGAACCUGUGAAGCAACUGGACAAGGUGCCUGAAAAGGUACCUCCUAAUGCGUCUAAAAAACUGUCCAGCAAGGCAGAAAAGGCUAUCGAGAGAGCAUUAGCGGAAGAAGAAGCAGUCACAGACAAUUCUCCUGUUUCAAGUAAAAGACUGAGCCCUGACAUCGACAAGUCUGAUAGCAGACGCACUUCGGGCGCGAAAUCAUCUACGAGCUCUCGCACAGGCAAGAAGAAUGUGCGCGAUCUCAUUAUCAAUACGAAUAUAACUGCCAUGGGCAAACCGAGCAUAAGGAUCGAACAUUGCGCAAUACAACCUCCAACUCCUCAGAACGCUGCACCGAACCCACAAAAUGCCAGCAUUGAUGAAAUUGUGCACACUCCGUUGCUCACAGUCAGCCCUAAUCCUUUUACUACUCAACCUUCAGCCGCCCUUGAUGUCAAGGAGAUUAUGAAAAUCCUCAAACAAGCCUACAAUACUACGAAACACAAGCCCAGCCCUCUAUAUCCUACAUUUGAGACGCUGCAAGAGAUCAUUAUUCGCGAAAUCAAUUCACAUGACGCUUUUCGCAACGUCCCCAUUCCGAGCGAACUUAUAAUUACACCUCCAUCUUCUGAGACUUCGCUGGAAGAUAUCCUUCUACCCCCGCCAGGUCCUUCGAGAGUCAAACCGCUUCCAGAGAAGGAGAGUCCUUUAUCCAGACUCAUUCGCAGACGAUCAAACAAUGGGCUUCAAGGCAGAAAUUCGCCACCUCCAAACACCUCCCCCGUCAAGGCUUCUCCCCACCAAAACUCACCACCAACCUAUGCCAACUAUAACAGCCAAGGCACGGAACCCGAGAGAUACUUGUCACCAACAAAAAAGACUGCACCAAGAGAUGCACCGCCGUUCAUCCCUCGGCGACGGCGGCAUACAUACGGAGAACCACCCACUCCAUCUUCAACCUCAGCCCCAACGUCACAGCAACAACCACAACCUCAGCCGCAACAACGAACUCAAUCUCGACCUCCUCCACCCGCGCACACUUCCUCCUCAGCAUCCAUUUCCUCAUCUUCCAGUUUCAGCCUCUUCCCCGCGUCAAGACCUCUCCCACAACCUCGAUACAAAUCUCAUUUCAAGCGCAAGUCGGACCCAGUCCCUCCAUCUCCUCAUUUCACAGAAUUCAUCCCUACGGACGCUUCGACACCACCUAUCUUUCCUAGCUAUGUGCGACAGCAUUAA